UUUCAUUUCUGUUCUUACCGGCCCAAGUGUCUGAAAUAAAACAAGAAUUGAGUUGCACGUUUCUAGAAUUAUCUCAGAAGGAUCUCUGUAACCAAAGAAAAGACCCCAGAGGAUCUCUGUCGCAGAUCCCAAAAGAAAACCCGAAAAAUAAAAUAAGGGAACGUUAUACCCAGAUCUGUCUGUCUUCCGGACAGUUUGAGAAAUUGAAGGAAAACAAAAUUUGUGAUUGAUUUGCAGAGGGGGAAGGGGGAGAGAAGAUGAAUAUAUUUAGGCUAGCAGGGGACAUGACCCAUUUGGCAAGUGUUCUUGUUUUGCUCCUAAAGAUUCACACUAUUAAAUCAUGUGCUGGCAUUUCUCUUAAGACCCAGGAGCUCUAUGCUAUUGUUUUUGCUACUCGGUACUUGGACUUAUUUACAGACUACAUCUCGCUCUAUAAUACACUGAUGAAAUUAGUAUUUCUGGGAAGCUCUUUCUCAAUAGUCUGGUAUAUAAGGCAUCACAAGAUCGUCCGCAGAUCCUACGACAAAGACCAGGACACUUUCCGCCACUAUUUUCUUAUUAUACCAUGUUUGUUAUUAGCACUGCUUAUAAAUGAGAGGUUUACCUUCAAAGAGGUUAUGUGGACAUUUUCCUUGUACCUUGAGGCUGUUGCCAUCCUUCCUCAGCUUGUCUUGCUGCAGAGAACAAGAAACAUUGAUAACUUGACUGGGCAAUAUGUUUUGCUUCUAGGUGCAUACCGAGUGUUGUACAUCUUGAACUGGAUUUAUCGCUACUUCACCCAACCACACUAUGUCCACUGGAUAACUUGGAUUUCAGGGCUUGUCCAGACGCUGCUUUAUGCCGAUUUCUUUUAUUAUUACUUCCAAAGCUGGAAAAAUAAUGUAAAGCUCGAAUUACCUGCUUGAAGCUCAUGCUCGCAGAAGAUAGAAGUCCAAAGAAUUUGGAGAAACAUGCAGAAAACAUAUAACCCCCCCCCCCUUUUCAGGCGUUCUAUCUCACCAUCUUUGUGCUGUCUUGUGGAUUAUCGAUAUGCGAAACAGGAUUAUCAUAUGUAACCUGGCGGAAGCUGGUUUUAAGUGACUUAUGCUUAGUUGUAAAGGUAUUGAAGCAUAAAUGCGCCAAGUCCAAGAUUUGGGUAGGGAAUUAGCAUAGUUAUUGACAGGUAGUUGCAUAGCAAGACUCGAUUUUGGAUUGGUGCAGAGUUUGGGAUUCAGAGUAAUACAUUAGCAUUUGCCUGUAGCUUUUUUCAUGGCUUCUUGUCCUACUAUAGCUCUUGGAUGAAUGAAUGCAUCUCCUCCUGUAAUCUUGGGAUGACUAAAACUAGAGGGAUCCGUGCAAGAGAUA